AUGAAUUUUCAACCUUUAGAACAUCAACACCAACACCAGCAACAAGUCUCAACCGUUCUGUGUUGUAACUGUGGUACCCCGAUCGAUGGGUCCACCGGUCUAGUUAUGUGUUACGAUUGUAUCAAGAUGACUGUCGACAUCACAGAAGGUAUUCCAAGAGAAGCUAACAUUUCUUUCUGUAGAAACUGUGAAAGAUUCUUGCAACCUCCUGGCCAAUGGAUCAGAGCAGAUUUGGAAUCUAGAGAAUUAUUAGCUAUUUGUCUACGUCGUUUGAAAGGGUUAACCAAGGUUAGAUUAGUGGAUGCUUCCUUUAUUUGGACUGAACCUCAUUCCAGACGUAUAAGAAUUAAGUUGACUGUUCAAGGGGAAGCCAUGGCCAAUACCAUCAUUCAACAAACUUUUGAAGUGGAGUACGUCGUCAUUGCUAUGCAAUGUCCAGACUGUGCUAAAUCAUAUACAACACAUACAUGGAGAGCCGCUGUACAAAUUAGACAAAAGGUUCCACAUAAGAGAACUUUCUUAUAUUUGGAGCAAUUGAUUUUAAAGCAUAAUGCUCAUGUGGAUACCAUUUCUAUCAGUGAAGCUAAAGAUGGUCUUGAUUUCUUUUAUUCUCAAAAGAAUCAUGCUGUGAAAAUGAUCGAUUUCUUAAACUCAGUUGUUCCUAUGAAAUACAAGAAAUCUGAAGAACUGAUCUCUCAAGAUACCCAUACUGGUUCCGCCACAUAUAAAUUUUCAUACUCUGUGGAAAUUGUUCCAAUAUGUAGAGAUGACUUAGUCGUCCUACCAAAGAAAUUAGCUAAACAUUUAGGUAACAUUUCUCAAUUUGUUCUAUGUUCCAAGAUUUCAAACACUGUCCAAUUUUUAGACCCAAAUACGCUACAAACUGCUGAUUUAUCCGCACAAGUUUAUUGGAGAUCACCAUUUAAUGCUCUAGCGGACGUGUCUCAAUUAACUGAAUUCAUCGUCUUAGAUGUAGAAUCCACAGGGAUAAGUAAGGGAAAGCGUGUCCUAGCUGACGUUACUAUUGCUAGGUCGGCAGACUUAGGUAUUAAUGAUCAAGUUUAUUACACUAGAUCUCAUUUGGGUGCUAUCUUACAUGCCGGUGAUACUGUAAUGGGUUACUUUAUUGCCAAUUCUAAUUAUAAUUCUGACUUAUUUGAUGGAUUGAAUAUCGAUUAUGUACCAGAUGUGGUCCUAGUUAAGAAAUUAUACCAAAGAAAGACCAGAAAGAAUAGAAACUGGAAAUUGAAGAGAAUGGCAAGAGAACAUAAGGAAAUUGAUGCUGCCCAAGAUUACAGUUCUAGAGUGCAAAAGCAAGAUAUGGAACGUGCUGAAAGAGAUUACGAAUUAUUCUUGCAAGAAUUGGAAGAAGAUGAUGAAAUGAGACAAACCAUUAACUUAUAUAAGAACAAUGCUCCAGCUCCAGCUCCUCAACCUCAUGAAAUUGAAGAAGAUGAGGAUCCAGAUGCUCCACAAAUUGAUAUUGAUGAAUUGUUGGAUGAACUAGAUGAAAUGACGUUAGAUGAUGGAACGGAUGAUCCGCAACAGCAAGAACCAACCAUGUAA